UGUGAUCCCUCCCUAAUGAUAAUCUUCUACAGGCUGUCAGGCUGUCACAUCACAGAGGAAGGCUGUGCUUCUCUGGGCUCAGUGCUGAAGUCAACCUCCUUCCUGAGACAACUAGAUCUAAGAAACAAUGAUCUGAAGGAUGCCGGCAUGAAGCUGCUCUCUGCUGGACUGGGGAACCCACUCUGCAAACUGGAGACACUGAGGCUGUCAGGCUGUCACAUCACAGAGGAAGGCUGUGCUUCUCUGGGCUCAGCUCUGAAGUCAACCUCCUUCCUGAGACAACUAGAUCUAAGUAACAAUGAUCUGAAGGAUGCCGGCAUGAAGCUGCUCUCUGCUGGACUGGGGAACCCACUCUGCAAACUGGAGACACUGAGGUUGCCAGCCCUUCACCUCACAGCGGAAGGCUGUGCUUCUCUGGCUUCAGCUCUGAAGUCAAAACCCUCCCUUCUGAGAGAUCUGGAUCUAAGCAACAGUGACCUGAGGGAUUCGGAUAUGAAGCUUCUCUCUGCUGUUUUGGGGAAUCCACUCUGCAAAUUGGAGACACUGAGGCUGUCAGGCUGUCACAUUGCAGAAGAAGGCUGUGCUUCUCUGGCUUCAGCUCUGAAGACAAACCAUCCCCUUUUGAGAGAUCUGGACCUGAGCAACAGUGACCUGAAGGAUUCAGGCAUGAAGCUGCUCUCUGCUGUACUGGAGGAUCCACUCUGCAAACUGGAGACACUGAGGCUGUCAUGCUGUGGGGUCACAGAGGAAGGCUGUGCUUCUCUGGCCUCAGCUCUGAGGUCAAACCCCUCCACCCUGAGAGAACUGGACCUGAGCUACAAUGACCUCCAGAUUCCAGAAAUGCAACUGCUCUCUGAUCUACAGUGGAAUCCACUCUGCAAACUGGAGACGUUAAGGGUGUCAAGCUGUGACAUCACAGAGGAAGCUUGUGCUUCUUUGGCCUCAGCUCUGAAGUCAAAGCCCUCCUCUCCGAGAGAACUGGACCUGAGUAACAAGGACCUGAGGAAAUCAGAUAUGAAGCUUCUCUCUGCUGUUUUGAGGAGUCCACUCUGGAAAUUGGAGACACUGAGGCUGUCAGGCUGUCACAUCACAGAGGAAGGCUGUGCUUCUCUGGGCUCAGUGCUGAAGUCAACCUCCUUCCUGAGACAACUAGAUCUAAGUAACAAUGAUGCCGGCAUGAAGCUGCUCUCUGCUGGACUGGGGAACCCACUCUGCAAACUGGAGACACUGAGGCUGUCAUGCUGUGGGGUCACAGAGGAAGGCUGUGCUUCUCUGGCCUCAGCUCUGAAGACAAACCCCUCCCUUCUGAGAGAUCUGGAUCUGAGCAACAGUGACCUGAGGAAAUCAGAUAUGAAGCUUCUCUCUGCUGUUUUGGGGAAUCCACUCUGCAAAUUGGAGACACUGAGGCUGUCAGGCUGUCACAUUGCAGAAGAAGGCUGUGCUUCUCUGGCUUCAGCUCUGAAGACAAACCAUCCCCUUCUGAGAGAUCUGGAUCUGAGCAACAGUGACCUGAAGGAUUCAGACAUGAAGCUGCUUUCUGCUGUACUGGAGGAUCCACUCUGCAAACUGGAGACACUGAGGCUGUCAUGCUGUGGGGUCACAGAGGAAGGCUGUGCUUCUCUGGCCUCAGCUCUGAGGUCAAACCCCUCCACCCUGAGAGAACUGGACCUGAGCUACAAUGACCUCCAGAUUCCAGAAAUGCAACUGCUCUCUGAUCUACAGUUGAAUCCACUCUGCAAACUGGAGAAGUUAAGGGUGUCAAGCUGUGACAUCACAGAGGAAGCUUGUGCUUCUUUGGCCUCAGCUCUGAAGUCAAAGCCCUCCUCUCCGAGAGAACUGGACCUGAGUAACAAGGACCUGAGGAAAUCAGAUAUGAAGCUUCUCUCUGCUGUUUUGAGGAGUCCACUCUGGAAAUUGGAGACACUGAGGCUGUCAGGCUGUCACAUCACAGAGGAAGGCUGUGCUUCUCUGGGCUCAGUGCUGAAGUCAACCUCCUUCCUGAGACAACUAGAUCUAAGUAACAAUGAUCUGAAGGAUGCCGGCAUGAAGCUGCUCUCUGCUGGACUGGGGAACCCACUCUGCAAACUGGAGACACUGAGGCUGUCAGGCUGUCUGGUCACAGAGGAAGGCUGUGCUUCUCUGGCCUCAGCUCUGAGGUCCAACCCCUUCCACCUGAGGGAACUGGACCUGAGCUACAAUCAUCCAGGAGAAAAAGGAUCGAAGCUGCUCUCUGCUGGACUGGAGGAUCCACACUGCAGACUGGAGAAACUCAAUGUGGAUCAUGGUGGAGAGUGCUGGAUCAAACCUGGUCUUAGGAAAUAUGCCUGUGAGCUCACACUGGACCCAAACACAGCACACAGAGAACUCUCUCUGUCUGAGGAGAACAGAAAGGUGACAUGGAGGUGGGAGGAGCAGCCGUAUCCUGAUCACCCAGAGAGAUUUGAGGACUGGCCACAGGUGCUGUGUAGAGAGGGUCUGUCUGGGCGCUGUUACUGGGAGGCAGAGUGGAGUGGAGGAGGGGUUGAUAUAGCAGUGACAUAUAAAGGAAUCAGCAGGAGAGGAGAGGGUGAUGACUCUGGGCUUGGAUACAAUAACAAGUCCUGGAGUCUGGACUGUGAUGAUAACAGUUACUCUGCCUGGCACAAUAAGAAGAGCACUGACAUACCUGCCCCCCCCUCCCACAGAGUAGGAGUGUAUCUGGACUGGCCGGCCGGCACUCUGUCCUUCUACACAGUCUCCUCUGACACACUGACCCACCUGCACACAUUCCACAGCACAUUCACUGAGCCCCUCUAUCCUGGGUUCUAUGUUCAUCCUGGCUCCUCAGUGUCACUGUGUCAGGUAGAAUAGCCCACACACACUCUCACACACUGUGCUCACUUAGAUGUCAUUGAAGAUUGAACUGUAUACAGUUGGAAUUGAUAUCCCAGAGUGUUUGUAAAUAUUGGUGUGUGUAGAAUGUUUGUUUUGUUUUAACCUUUUAGAUGUAAAUAUUACUGAUAUUAAAUAUUAUUAAUAUCUCUAAAUAUUA